GAUGGUGGAAGGUGAAGAGUAAAAGUUGAAAUCGACUGUUAUUGUUUUGAUUUUAUAAUUAUUCCAUCAUUGAAAUCAAAAUAUUUUAGUAGAAAAUGGCAGAUUACGAUGAGGAGUCUAUGUGGGAUGAUGAACCAGCGUCCCCAGAACAUGAGGAAGAAGACAAUGAUGCCAUCAGAGAAGAAUGCUUGGAGGGUUUUGCCAGCAAAGACUACAUUAUGGAGACUGGGGUCUUUUACAUGUUAAAAAGGUAUUUCAAAGCUGGUGGUGUCCCGGAGAAAGUUGUUGAGCUUUUAUCUGAUAACUACACUGCUGUAGCUCAGACAGCUAAUUUACUGGCAGAGUGGUUGAUAUUAGCAGGUGUUGAUAUCAAAGAAGUCCAGGAGCUAGUGGAGCAGCACUUGAAACAGAUGAUCAUCAAACAUUUUGACCAGAAAAAAGCAGAUUCCAUUUUCACAGAUGAGGGAGAGACCCCAGGCUGGCUUGCAGAAAUGAUUGACCACCCCACAUGGAGAGACUUGUUUUAUAAGCUUGCAGAGGAGUACCCAGACUGCCUUAUGUUAAAUUUUACUAUUAAGCUGAUAUCAGAUGCAGGGUACCAGGGAGAGAUCACCAGUGUGUCCACAGCCUGUCAUCAGAUAGAGGUGUUUAGCAGGGUACUCAGGACCUCCAUCUCAGCAUUCCUAGAGGGAGAGGAGGCCGUGGAGAAAAAUUUAACCGAGUUUACAAAAAUGGUAUGCCAUGGAGAGCAUACAUAUCUGUACAGUCAGGUGCUAAUGCAUGUGUUAGCCCAGGAGAAAGGAGGGUCCAAUAUUAGGAGACUGUGUGAAGAAGUGCAGAAAUCAGCCAAAGAAAGAGGACUAGACGUCACUCCAAUGACCAUGGCGCUGAGUGGAGCCGCAGCCUACCCCAGAGCUUGCCAGGCACUGGCAUCCAUGUUGUCACGGAAUGCCCUCAACCCAGCUGACAUAACAGUAUUAUACAAGAUGUACAGUGGUCCCAAUCCACCCCCAGUUGAACUGAUCAGAGGGCCACAGUUCCUAGAACUAUUAACUGAAGGUUUAUUCAAGCUGGGAUCGAAGAUCAAUCCAGAUCACAAAUCAAAAUACAUCUUUGUCCUGGCGUAUGCUGCUUCAGUAUUUGAGGUUUAUAGAAAGGGAGUCAGAAAAAAUAUUAACAAAGAUGAGUUAAAGCCAACCACACAGGCCAUAGAAAAAGCCAACCAAAUGUGUACAGAGAACAAGAGCUCUUCAGACCUUAUUGCUGAUGUAGGCACUUUGUUUCAGUGUAUCAAGUUCCCAGUUGUGGCUAUGGGCCUUCUGAAGUGGAUUGACUACACAGUGACAGAUCCCAGUUACUUUAAACUGAACACAGAUCAUACACCAUUGCACUUAGUUCUGCUGGACGAGAUCAGCACUUGCCAUAAUAUUCUUCACCAGAAAGUUUUAGAUCUUCUCAUCAGGCUGUUUGAAUCUCCACAGGAGGAACUAGAUGUUUUAGAAAGGCUUGAGCUCCGAAAGACUUUACUGGACAGGAUGGUCCACUUAUUCAGUCGUGGCUGUGUGGUGCCUGUGACUGGAUAUAUAAAACAGUGCUGGGAACGCCAAGACACAGAUAUGUCCUUGAUCAGGCAUUUUGUCACAGAGGUUUUAGAUGUCAUCGCACCACCAUAUACCCCAGAAUUUGUCCAACAGUUUUUGCCUCUGAUUGAGAAUGAAGACAUCACAGGCUCUCUCAGAAAUGAGGAUUCAAAUGAUCCUGUCUCAGAAUUUAUCUCACACUGUAAAACAAACUAUAUUAUGGUGUCUUGAUGGAGCUGGGCCAUCACUGUGAGAGAGAAGAUCAAAUUAAAGUGACUGAGAUGUCCUUUAUCCACCCAACGGUCAUGCAAUUCAGCUGUCAUUAAGAGACACAUCAAAGGCUGAAAUUGCAGUGAAUCCUUUACGGAGAUGAAGAAGAAUCUUCGGAAACUUCUGGCCAUUGCUAAAGUGCAUUGUGCAUUCCUUGAAAAUCCAGCCAUAGUAUGAUUCAUCAGGGAACACUUAAAAAAACACACUGGCAAUAUUUGAAAAGAGAUCAACUCGAGUACUAGAUCUAAGUUACUGAUAAUGUACAAGUUGUUGAGAUGAAAAGUACUUUACUCAACAGUUUUGUGGAACAAAGCAAACAGCCCAAGGAAGGGCAUACAUUUUACAUUAUUUCAAUACGUCGCUGGAUGCACUGUCAUUGUCAUUAUAUAUUUUUAUGUACAGACGCAGUUCGAAAAUCAGCAUGAUCGGGCCAUUUUUAAGGAAGU